UAACUUUGGGAAACACAGGCAGAGGCAGCAUUGGGAACAAACUUUUCUCUUUUGGUUGCCUCCGUUUGGACAUUUUCAGAUUUCAGCAAAAACCUCAGUGUAAACAGAGCGGAAACAAGGGAUUAUAAUUUGUUUACUUUAUUAGUGAAUAAGUGAGUUAUUUGUCUGCUUUUCUAAUCAACAGAGAUUAUUUAGUUUUGCUGUCCUUUGCGUUUUUGGUCUGAUUAUUGCUUCACUGUGUGAGCUUUGAAGGAGGCGUGACCACACAUCUGAAAUCCUUACAAACUUAGCUGCAGCUCUCUCCAGUUCCCGGGAGUGUGAAGCUGGACUGAGACAGACGCAUACACUCACACACCUGUUGUUGCUGAGGAUUCCCCGGGAGCACAGUCAUGGGCAUCUGCGUCACUGUUGUUUGAGGGAAUCUGUGCGUCUGUGCAGCUGUUAUCUGGUGGUGGCCUCGGUGAAUGUUACAGUAGAAGUUGACCUGACAAAUCCAGGGAAGAGGAAGGCAAUGUCAAGCUACUACCCGCGCACCAAGGACCUGACUCGCACCAGGAAGUCACUGACAGAUUCUCCACCGUCCUCUCCAUCACCAACAGACAAAAACUACAGACAUGACAGAUUGUCAAGAUAUGACUCCAGUGGGGAGAGUGCAACUGACAAGCCACUGGGCCGCACCAGCUCUUACACACGGAGGGAGACGAGGCUGGCCGCCCUGAAUAAACAGGAGCAAGACUCCACUACCAAAGACUAUAAGAAGAUGUAUGCAGACGCUUUGCAUGAGAAUGAGAAGCUCAAGUCCAGGUUGCAGGACAGCAAACAAGAACUGGUUAAGAUACGUUCCCAGCUGGAGAAAGUCAAUCAGAGGCACGACAGAAUGUCAGAGAGAUCUACAGUACUUGAUUCGGAGAAAAGGGAAAAACAAGUUCUCGAGAAAAGAGUGUCAAACAUGGAGGAGGAGUUAAAGCAGGAUGCCCCACUGCGGUUCCGCUGUGGAUACCAGCCCUGAGAGCAGGCUGUCUCAGGGCGAGGGUGCAUGAUCUUAACAGAGCUCAAGUCAGACAACCAGAGGCUAAAGGAUGAGAAUGGCGCUCUCAUUCGAGUCAUCAGCAAACUGUCCAAAUGAAAAUAUGUCUGAAGCUCCUGUGUUUGCGGACUCUCCAACUCUGAUAUGGCAGAUUAAUCAUACACGAUGUCCCAAGUUGUGACUCCUCUCUGAGUUAUGGUGGUGGCCGGUUUUGGCUGCUUUGCAGAAAUAAAUUCCUUUUGGGACUUGUGAGGAUCCAAAGAGAAGUGCUAAGAAAUUUUAGUCAAAUUUCACUGUGUGUGAGUUACAACAGUUGUUUCUACCUGAUUAGUUUUUAUUUUGAUAAUCCUGUAUUUCAAAUUAACCAACAAGGGACCAGUUGUACUGUUUGACUAACCUGAAGGUACUGUUUCUAAUAUUAUACCCACAUAUCACACUGAGACAUCACGUUUGUUGCUGCAUUGUGCACUGCAGGAAAGUAUAUUAAUUUUGUUGAAAGAAGAGUGUAAUUGAAUUGUUAUGUAAUUGAAUUAUGUCAUUUUUCUGAUACAUUUGAAAAAUCUUUGUAAUUUCAAUCAGAAUACAUGACUAUACAGGUAAAAUAAUCCCUGAUUCGAGACCCAAAAAAUAGAUUUUAACACAACCAUUGCUCUUCUAAUGGCAACUAGAUGUUUGCUCCAGACUAAGAAUGUAUUGAAAUGAAGGAGAAAAUCUCUGGCUUCUCUCAUACAUUUGUAUAGAAGAUGUUAGGAAUCUGAAAAACACAAAUAAUUUAGAUUUUCCAUGUUAAUGAUAUUAAGGCUUAGGGUUAAUAAUAAGACUAAUGUUUUGGGUUGUGUUUGCCUUGAUAACUUUCUCAGGUUUGUCACUCAGCUGUGCCUGCACACCCCCGUCAGUGCCUCUUUUAACGCAAAGUUCUGUAAACUCUUAACACAAAACUUCCUUUAUCAGUAACAGGGCCGUGCAUUACAACAGCAAACCUGCAAACCCAUUUCUAACUGGUUAGAAACGUUUUUGGAGACAGUUUUCUCUAUCAUUUUCAAAACACAAUUUUUAUUUGACAAAACAUAUGAUAAUGUCCCCACGGUAUUUGGUAUUUGAAGAGGACUUUAUGUUACCCAUGAAAUGCAGAGUAUUGAGUAAAUGCACUUUGUACAGAGUGUACAGUGCUGAUCUUUGAUCACUUGGGCAUCACUAACAGCACAUAAUGUAAUUUAGUGUUUGCAAGAUUGUGUUCAUUAGUUCUUUGUGUGGUUUCAGUAGCCAUUCUUCAGUUUUGGUUUUGCGUGUCCUUCAUUGAUGAUUUUUUUUUAUGGAUCAGCUUCAAAACCGCAGAAUGGCUAUGCAGAGGAGACACUCUGAGUGUGUGUGUGUGUGAGAGAAAGUGUCCUAUGUUAUGUUUUGUAAUAGAGAUAUAUUUAUUUAUUUAUGGAUUUCUUAGUUUUAAUCUUAUACUCUAUUUUCUCUGAAAGGAAUACGCUGAUUAUUUUUGGCUGACCUCUUGACCAUCUUUCUGUUGGGUGAUGAAAACACAAAUGCCAAAAUCAUCCACUGGUAGACGCGCUUUAAAUCACUGCUGACAUUUUAGCCUCCACAAUAUUGCGUGGGCUUAAAUAUUAAGAACAAUCCAAAGUUUUGAGGAAUAAUCUGCACUUUUCACUAUAUAUGAUGUAGAUUACAUAUAUUUUAACUUGACCGUGUAGUGCAAAUGAUAUUGUCACAAUUAAGUUAAAUUAAUUAUUACUUAAGUUCACUGAGCCAGAUUAUUAGGUAUACCUGGCUACAUCUACUGCAAUCCAACACUACAGCCCUGCAAAAAAUUACUAACUCUAUGAAGCUUAUCAGCUUUUGUUCUGGUGAUUUUGGAGGCCAUAUCUAUUGGUGCUACUGCUUUGUUCUGCAUUAUAUUGUAAUUGUUACUUAAUAUUUGGGGUCCAUACAAUGUUUGAAAAUGAGGAAUCUUAGUCAACUUAACAUGAGUAAUCAAAAUAAAACCAUGACACCUGCUGCCUUGCAGUGGUUCUUCAUGGAGUUCAUGGAGUGCCACCUUCACUGUAUUACACAAAGAGGGAAGGGAGAUAAAGUCAUCCCUAGUUCAAAACAGUGUGUUAUUUAUGUAUAUCAGUAUUUUUAAUGAAUGAAACUGCCAGACCUACAUUUGCAUUAAAAUUGUAGAAUUGUUUGAAGUGAUGAAUGGUGCACCAGAAACAUGAAUGAUUUUGGUAUCCGUCUUCUCUUCAUUUAGUGGGUGAGUUGACCAAUGUCCCCAUUGUUUGAUGUAUUCCUUCAACACUGUGAUAGUUUUAGAGUCCAACCAGGGCAGCAUGCUGUAACACCAGUGUUGUCUUUGGUCACUAAUAACCAAUAAAGUGAUUUACUCAAAACUACAAAAAAGAUACAGUACGUGUCAGACAUUUCUACAUGAGCUGUCGGUAUAUUGAACUAUGUUGUAUUUUGUAUUAAAAAGUUUGAAAUUGUGUUGAGGAUAGCUUAAUAUACACACAUCGGUUUACUCACUUUGCUUAAUAAACUGUAAAGGAAUGAAAAUGUU